CGCAGUCCCGCUGCCCCAGUCCCGGACUCUCCGCUUUUUCUCUCUGUCCCGGUCGCUCUCGGAGUCGCAGUCGCAGCUAUGGACGCGAUUAAGAAGAAGAUGCAGAUGCUGAAGUUGGACAAGGAGAAUGCGAUUGAUCGCGCGGAACAGGCCGAGGCGGAUAAGAAACAGGCGGAGGAUCGCUGGAAGCAGAUAGAGGAGGAGGUGUUGGCUAUGCAGAAGAAGACCAAGGGGACGGAGGAUGAGGUGGAGAAAUAUUCGGAGUCAGUGAAAGAUGCUCAGGAGAAGCUGGAGAUGGCGGAGAAGAAGGCGACUGACGCUGAGGCUGAAGUAGCAUCUUUGAACAGGCGCAUCCAGCUGGUAGAGGAAGAGUUGGACCGUGCUCAGGAACGUCUUGCCACCGCUCUGCAGAAACUGGAAGAAACAGAGAAAGCAGUGGAUGAGAGCGAGAGAGGCAUGAAGGUCAUUGAGAACAGGGCCACCAAGGAUGGGGAGAAGAUGGUGGACCAAGAUCAGCAGCUGAAAGAAGCUAAAACCAUAGCAGAGGAUUCAGACCGCAAAUAUGAGGAGGUGGCCCGUAAGCUUGUCGGCAUUGAGGGGGACCUGGAGCGUUCUGAAGAGCGAGCUGAGGUGGCUGAGAGUCGGUUCAGGCAGUUGGAAGAGGAACUUCGGAUCAUGGAUCAGAGUCUGAAAUCUCUAAUUGCAGCAGAGGAAGAGUAUUCAUCAAAGGAAGACAAAUAUGAGGAGGAGGUCAAUCAGCUGACUGAGAAGCUAAAAGAAGCUGAGAGUCGGGUUGAGUUUGCUGAGAAAUCUGUGGUUAAACUAGAGAAGACCAUUGAUGAUCUGGAAGAUGAGGUCUAUUCUCAGAAGAUGAGAUAUAAAGCCAUCAGUGAGGAUUUGGACAAUGCUCUCAAUGACAUCACCUCUCUUUAAGCCUCACUUGCAACAUCUUCUCGUGUCAUGAGCUCCCAUCCCACCAAGUCUUCACACGUGUUCACUUCCUCGAGUCUUAUACCACUUGCAUGUCUCAUGUUUCACCAGAAAAGACUGUUUGACUGCCACGUUACUUCUAUUUCAUUGAUGUCCAACACCUAGGAGUUUCUACUUAUCAAUGACAUUAGUAUUCUAUUUUGGGUAAUUUCCUCUCAUUUCUAUGGUACUGUCACCACUGGCUUGACUCGCUCUAUUCCUGACUGUCACUGAGAUCUUUGUGUGGCAGUUGCUGUCUGACUGCAUGAGAGACAUCUCUCUCUGUCUCAGGAUGUCACUGUGGUUAAGCUUUGAUAGGACUCCCGUGGCCCCUGUUGUAUCUUUGUCCUCCUGUGUUUCUUCCCAUGUACCUCAGGUUUUCUGUUCCUGUCUCUUUCCUCUGGUGGAACUGUAUGUUUGAUCCUCUGCUUUUGGGUCCGAUAGCAUGGAUAAGGGGUGCGGCAGCACACGGGGUGCUGAGGGUCAUUAGAAUUGGUUUUGAGACGUGGAUGGUGAACUCCCUUGAGCUCCAUCUCCCCUUCCUCUUACAUCUCUCUGUUUAAUCCUGUGCUGCUAAAUCAAUAAACAUUUCUCCUCUGUC